UCGAUUGAUAUUUUGAUGUGUUUUUUCUUAGUUGGAUUCACUGACUGCACAGAUCGAAUCCAGUUUCUUUUCAACACAGAUGACAGUCACUUUGUGUUGAAUUCUGAUGGAGUGUUAAUUGUUCAAAGAGGAGUUGAUCUUGAUGAAGGACAUCAGGACUUUUUUGUCCACUCCUGGGACUCUGAGGGCAACAAAAUGACUGUUCCUGUCAUGGUCCUGCUUGAGCAUCACUAUGAGAGUUGGGAUGCUGAGCAGCACCAUGGAGGCCGCAGACACCAGAACCAUCACAACACUAGGCUGGAUUCUGCCAGUAUUAAAGAGACUGCAGGACAUCCAGAUGUGGCUGUACGUUAUUUUCCUAAGUCGAGUAAUGGACUGAGGAGGAGGAAGAGAGACUGGGUUAUCCCUCCAUUCAAUUAUCCUGAGAAUCACGAUGGACCCUUUCCAUAUAAAAUAGCUCAGGUUCGCUCCACUGUGGACAAAAUGAAGAUGGUCACCUACAGCAUCAUGGGUCCAGGAGUUGAUGAAGAUCCUAAAGGACUCUUUACAAUGGACAAAGACACCGGGGACCUCUAUGUUCAUCAGAGACUCGACAGAGAGAAACAAGCAAAUUAUACGCUGAUGGCAUAUUCCAAUGCAGAGGAUCCCUUGGAAAUUAUCAUCAAUGUAAUUGACAUGAAUGACAACAAACCUAUUUUUGAACAGACAUCCUAUGUGGGAGAAGUUGCUGAAUCCUCACCAAAAGGGACUACAGUGAUUCAGGUUUUAGCCACUGAUGCUGAUGAGCCAGGAAAUGACAACUCGAUUAUCAAAUACACUAUUCUGCGCCAGGAACCAAAGCUGCCCAAUGACCACAUGUUUGUCAUUAACACCAACAAUGGAGCCAUCAUGGUUGAAGAUGUUGGUUUGAACAAAGAGACGUAUCCUGAGUACACUCUGCAAAUACAGGCAGCAGAUAUGAAAGGAGAAGGAUUAACUGGAAAAACAAAAGUAGUUUUGAAAGUGGCGGAUAGAAAUGACAACGCUCCAGUCUUUAUUCAAUCUACUUAUUGGGGAUCAGUUGAUGAAAACGCAGUGGGGGUUCAGAUUGUUAAAUUGUCAGUAACUGAUAAAGAUGAACAGAACGCCCCAGCAUGGAACGCCAAGUUCAAGAUUAUCAGUGGAGAUCCUGAGAAGUUGUUUUCCAUAGAAACAGGAUCCAACAAACAAGAAGGAAUCAUCAAAACUGCUCUGGGACUGGACUUUGAGAAAAGCAGAACACACACUCUAUCUGUUAUUGUGGAGAACGACGUUCCUUUUGCCGUUGAAGUGACCACCUCCACCGCCACAGUGGUGGUGACCGUGAAGGACGUCAACAAGCCUCCAGUCUUUAAAGAAAAGGAGAUGUUGGUUAAUUUUCCUGAAAACUUAGCUUUGGACAGUGUGAUUAAAAAGUGUGAGGCGGAAGACCCAGACUUUGCAAAUGAAAACACUGUCAAGUUUAAAAUAGGUAGUGACCCAGCAGGCUGGUUGAACGUUGACGAGAAUACAGGCCUGGUGACGGUGAAAAACCUCAUGGACAGAGAGUCUGCUUUUGUGAAGAACGACACAUACACAGCCCUCAUUCUUUCUUAUGAUGACGGUAGGUGGGAAAGUCAAGAUAACGAAUAUGUCUGCUUAAUGGAAAAGCAUGAUUCGCAAAAUUGCAUAAUUGCAUUACAACAAAAAUGGCAGAAAGGGGGUAAGAACUUCAAGUCCUUCAUCUCUUUUGUUUCUGAUGAAAAACUUACUGUCAUUGCCUUCUCAGAAACUCGACUAAAUGAAUAGAAAGAGCUAUUAAACAAAGUGGAGGGAUAUAUUAUUUUUUUUUUCUUCAAAACAAAUUGAACAAAAGAGGGGUUUGAUUGCCAAGUUAUUUGCAUGGGUUCAAAUUGUAAGGUUAUUCCACAAAUAUACUUCCUAUUAAUAUUCAAAGGAAAAUCUUAAAACAUAUUCAAAUAAGUUGUAUUUAUAGAAGCUCAGGAGGGCAUCAGUCUAAUAGGAAAAUUACUGAGUUGUUUGAAAGGAGGAAUAACAAGCUGACUUUAGUAUAAUCAUAUGGAUUUGUGAAAAAAUAGCAAGCAUUUAAAAACAACCGAAUUUGUAAACAUAAUGUUUAGUUUAGGUUUUUAGCCUUGAAUAUCAAAACUAAGUAGAAUAACUCUAAAUAGUGCUACUUAUUGAUAACGUAUUCCUGAAAAAAGCUGAAACGAGAG